AUGACAAUAGCUCAUUGUACUUAAAUCAUAAAGUAAUUAUAUAUAAUAUACAAUUAAUAAAGGCAAAUAUAUUCUAAAUAUAGUUAGGAUAACUUAGUAAGAGCAAAAUGGGAAAAAAUAUAAAAUAUGAUUUUAUUGAAACAAUAUACAGAGGUAAACUUUAAUGCUUUGUUAAUAGAAUUAGAUGAUAUACUGUAAAACUCAAAAAGUAAAUUAAGAUGAAGAAAAUAAAUUAGAAAUCUAUUACUAAUAAUUUUUGAUUUAUUCUGAGGUUCACUUUAGUAAAGUGACUCGGUAUAGUUACCAAAGUAUGAUGAAAAUGUAUUUAAAAAAAGGUGGAGUAAGUAAUGGCAGAAUUGUUCGUCAUUAGAUGUAUUAAUAAAUGAUUAAAUAAGAAAUCUAAUUGAUUGAGAUUGAUUUAGAAGAUUUAGGUAUAUCUUCCGCAACUUUCUGAAGAAGAUUGGGAGAAUUAACACAUAUUUCUUCUUUAUUUGAAAUAUUAUUAAAUUUUCCCACUUAAAAGAAUACAUAAGGGUAUAAUUAAUUAAUUAACAAUAGUUUUGUUGAUUAAGUAUAGAAAAGAAAUAUAAUUAAACUACUUAACAAUUUAAGAGAAGAUUUAGUAGUUUCAAAGCAAGCAAAUGGAUUCUAUAAAUUUUUAAAUACUAAAAUUAUUCCUUAAUUAAAACCUGACCUUGAAACUAAAGAAUGCGAAAUCAACACAAAAUAAGGAUUACUUUUUAAUGCAUAAUUUAAUUUAAAUAUUAAAUAAGGUAAUCUUGAUAGUUUUAAUAAUGGAUGGAUUACUUGGGAUACUUAUUAAUAUUUAUAAAAUUAAUAAGAAAAUAAAUAAUUAAAUGAAGGAUGGAAUAAUGAAUUUAUUCUCUUAUUAUAAAUAAAAUAAGCUUUAAUGA